CAAAACAAGGAAGUGAUACGCCUGCAAAAACAUGUUGCAAAGAUGAUUAAUCUUUAUUUAAAAAAAUAAUAUUUAUAACACGUAACUGAUUGAAGUGCCUUCAAAUUUUGGUUGAAAUUAACUUGAAGAAAAGUACUUUUUUAUUCUGAAGAGAUAAUCGGUUUAGAUGGCUAUUGGGGCAUCUAUAGAACUGCGCUCAAAAUGGAUCUAUUGUGCAUUAGUCAUUGCAAUUUUUUCCAUUAUAAUAGCUAUUGGACAAACUCUAGAGCUCCUGGGAAUGCCGAGUCCUCUGCCAAGUGCAAUUGGACUCCUUUCUUUGGGUGGAAUGGCCCUGCUUUGGAGGGAAAUACGUUCAAAAGUGAAAGGAGAGAACCGGACCUUGAGUAGUCUGCUAAGUCAGUAUUUUGCCGUGAAGUUUGUUAGCUGGUUGGGUAAGCGGCAAAGAGCAAAAUUGGAAGCAGAUACGCUGAAUAUUCGGCAAGUCCAGGAAGAAACUCUUUUGAAGCGCCUGCGCAAAAACGCGGACACGAGUUAUGGAAAACAGUAUGACUUCAGCUCAAUUAAAGACUCAGAAGCUUUCCGUGCACGUCACCCAGUGACAACGUACGAGAACUACCGUGAGUUGGUGAAAAGAGUGGCCGCAGGAGAGGAGAGAGUCCUCAUAUCUGAGAAACCCCUCAUCCUAGCCAUGACUUCGGGUACAUCGGGGCCCAGUGCCAUGCUAUUGAGCACCAAAGAUACCAACACAGAGUUCCUCCUACAGGGAGUGGCUGUGUGUCUGGACACCAUGCUGCGUGCCUUCCCGGCCUGCGAUAGCCUCCAGCGCACCACCAAGGUCUUCUACUCGCCCACCUUCCGUCAGUCAGAGGCAGGCAUCCCCAUUGGGCCCAACUCCUCCACCCCGGCCUCAUCACGCCACAUGCUCAACCUCUACACCACACCUGCCGCCGCUUUCCAAGUGGCUGGUGAGAGGGACACCCUCUAUUUGCACCUCCUCUUUGCCCUCAAAGACCCCAGCGUAGGAACAUUGGAGUCCAACUUUGCCUCCACUCUCUAUUAUGCUUUCUGUACCCUCCAGGAGCGUUGGCCCGAGCUGGUGGAUGACAUUGAGUUGGGUCGGGUCAGUCCAACUCUGACCCUGGAGCGUGGGGUAAGAGCCAGCCUGGAAGGCCAGAUGAAGCCCGACCACAAGCGAGCUUCCCAGCUCCGGUCCCACUUCCAGCUUGGCUUUGUGGGCAUUGCGCGACGGCUCUGGCCCCAGCUUAACCUGGUGCUGGCUGUGGACUCUGGGUCUAAUCAAAUCUAUGGAGAGAUGCUAAGGGAUCACUACUGCCAGGGGGUGCCGUUUUACUCCCCGUUCUAUGCCGCCACCGAGGGUCUGAUCGGGGUGAACCUGUGGCCGGAGGAACAGCAGCGUAGGAGGUACUUGCUGUGUCCUCGCUCCAUGUUCUGUGAGUUCCUCCCAGGGGACAGUCUGGACCAGGAGCAGCCCGAGAAACACACACUCCUCAUGGGGGAAGUGCAGGAGGGACAAAGCUACGAGCUGGUCGUCACCAAUGCAUCUGGACUCUUCAGAUAUCGUAUAGGAGACAUUGUGAAAGUGGUCGGCUUCCACAAUCAGUGUCCAAUUGUAGAAUUUCAAUACAGGCGGGGUCAGAUGCUGAGUGUACGCGGGGAGAAGGUGUCCGAGGUGAUGUUUCUAGGGGCUUUGAAACGAGCCGUCAGCCAGUGGCCCGGGGCCCAGCUAGUCGACUACUGCUGUGCAGAGAGCAGCAUUCUGGGAGAGUCAUGUGGCGGUUCUGAUCCUCACUAUCAAGUGUUUGUAGAGCUCAAAGGUGUGAGAAAUCUGACUGAAGAGCAACGCUAUAAGUUGGACCAGUGUCUCCAGGAGGACUCGCCAAUCUACAAGUCUUUCCGGUACAAAGGAAGCAUCGGACCAAUGAGAGUUCAGAUGGUGUCAGAGGGCGCAUUCAAGGAACUCAGUAAACAAAUGAUGGCCUUCUCCAACACCUUGGCCAACACAUUCAAAAUGCCACGUGUACUACGAAGAAAGGAGUACGUUGACUUCUUGUUAGGAAAGACCAUCUCCUGAAUGCCUACUGAAAGGCGUCGUGUGAAAUCUAAUCCUUGUGUUGGAGAGAAUCUGAACAAAUGUCGACUGACUGAUCAAAAUCACCUUGUACAUAAAGAACCACAGUAUUAUUUCAAGGUCUGUCACCAAUAAUGCAAUUCAGUUUUUAAGCCUGUCAAACAUGACCGUGGUUGUGUGUUAUGCUGAGUCCUCUGGCUCCUUCACUCUUUUCUAAUUCAAUGGGAGUCAAUGAGCCAAGAAGGCUAAGCUGACCUAGCUAUCAUAUUAGUAUCCAUGGAGACCCACACUGUUAUGUCGGCUUUCGGCAAAAAAAAAAACAUUAUCAAAAAAAACAUUAUCACUGAGCAAUGCACCAUAAUACCAUGUCAUAAUAUACAUGAAAAUAGAAAGGAUCAAUAACACCUUUGGCUACAGAAGUGCAGUUACUUACCUAGUUCCACAGCUUCUGUCCCAAAAUUACCCUGUGAAAAUGAAGAAUUCCAAUACUGUCGGAGCGUGUGGGCAACUGUGUCUGGAUACACCUAUAGUCCGGACGCUGGCAGCAUCUGAUACGUGGGAGUAACUUAUUGACUUCAUCUUUGAACCAUAAACACCCGUUGUCUGUUUUGAUAUUAAGUGGCAGUGUUGGAUAUCAUGUGGGAGUUUUACUUUAACAGGUCUUGUAGGCAGAGCUGCCCCAAAGGCGGAAGUAAAUGUAAUUAGUUGACUCUGGAUGAGGCAGGGCUACCAUUUCCAAUGGGCUGAAUGUACUGAGGCUAUUUGAACGGGGUAGUGCUUGACCCUUCCCUAGACCCUGACCUGAACGCUUUUAAAUGGAAAUGGUUUGUAAACUUCCGUUAAGUGACUGUAAUGUUCAGGUGAAAGCGCCAUGCUCUUCAUAGGGUCAACAAAUCAUUCAUUUUUGCCUUCAGGUCAUAUCUACAUUCAGUACAUACAGUGUUUGAGUAAGUAAAAGUCCUAUGUGUGUCAAUCUGGCCUGCGGUUGGUUUUCACAUGGGGGUAACAAAAUAAAUAAUUUAAUGUUGAAAACUAGAUGGACAGUAUGUAGAAAAGAUAAGGAACCUACUAAUUUUUUAUAAAUGUUUUUGCAAAUAGAUUUUGACUAAAUAAUUGGCUGGAAAUAAAAAUAUGUUAAGUCCGAUAAGACACUUGAGCCAUGAAGUUAGCCCGCUCCUGGUCUACAUGAGUUUCUGGUCUACAGGAGUUUUAUUUAUCAAAGGUACAUGCACACAGACUAUAUACACCUUUCGGGCACCACUUUUCCUGCAGAUGUAUUUAUAAUAAUUUUUAUAAUAACCCUGCCUAACAAUUAGUGGUUUUGUACAAUAUUGCAGCCAAACAUUAUUUUUAACAAUUGUAAUUAAAAUAAUGUGCCUAUAGGAGACUGCAUAUUGCAAUGUAGCCUUCUGUUCUGUGUCGUGUGUGUGCGUUUAUUCCUGAUGCAAAAAAAUAACGAUCACAAUGAAUACAUUGCUUCUUUAUCCAUAAUCAAAUGCUUGUAGAAUUGACUUUACAAAUCAUAAAUAUAGUAUCACCCUUA